UCCACCCGAGGCUCUGCACCGCACCGCGAAAAGUACCCAUCAUUCCUCACACGACAAACAAGUGAACACCUGUGGCUGCGAGAAUCGAGACGUGUCGGAGCAAAAAACCGUCUUUUAUCCUCCUCCAACACUCUGCACUUCCACCUGACUGCACGCCACCAGCCGCCCUCACGCCCACGCGGCCCGUCAUCCAGGGGGGGGGUGGGGCGCCAUGUGGGUUUUGGAUAAGAUCCGCGGCUCGGUGGAGACGGGUGUGCUGCGGCACGGGGAGAACGGCGACAAGAAAGGCGCGGCGCCGCCCUACACCAAUGUCCUCACGCCGGACAAGAUCCCGGAUUUCUUCAUCCCGCCCAAGUUGGUCAGCUGCCCUCCUGAACCCGAGGCGGUGAAACCGAAGGACGCCUUGCAGCCUUCGACGUCAGAGCAAACCAUCGGCGGCGGGAGGAAAAUCAGUGUCCCCAAAAGCCCCCGUCUGGUGGCCAAGCUGGCGGGAGACACAAAGAACCUGCUGAAGUCAGCCAACCGUCACAUCAUUCAGAUCGAGAGCGCGGACGACGUCAUCGCCGGCGACACCAACGCCGACCCCCAGUCACAGACCGCCAUGUCCCUCCCCUACGUCCCCAAGACCCAAACCUCUUACGGCUUCACCACCUUGAAGGAGAGCCCCCACACUCGUCGCAAGGAGUCUCUCUUCCACUGUGACAUCACCAGUCCCAUGACCUCCCCCAACAGCCAGAGGAAGACCCCCGGCAAAGGCGACGGAAGCGGCAACCACCUGAACCCGGCCGACUUCAACACCUCCCACAUGAACCCGUACCGCUAUUUCAGCGGCGGCGAGAGCGACACCUGCUCCUCGGCCGAGUCGUCGCCCUUCAGCUCGCCGCUGCUGUCCCGCUCCGCCUCGCUGCUCAAGAUCUUCACGCAUGAGACGCAGGCCAAGGUGGUGAAGGCCAAGCGCUCCUUCGCCCGCCACAGCUCCCUCUCCACCGACGAGUGCAGCUCGGCCGAGCCCAGCCCCAGCGUCCAGCGCCGGCUGCACAUCCCGUCCUUCCACUGCGCAAGCGCGCCGUCCGCGGAGCACGGCUCCCAGCGGGAGCACACGGUCAACCUGCACAAGGGCGGCAGCGUCCGCAUCAGCGCGCACUACGACGCCGGCACCUCCCGCCUGCGCGUGCGCGUCCUGGCCGCCGAGAGCCUUUACGACAAACACUUUGACAUCAAGAGCAUCAACUGCUGCGUGUCCGUCUACCUGAACCCCGGCAAGUUGCAGAAGCAACGCAGCAACAUCAUCAAGAACAGUCGCAACCCCGUCUUCAACGAGGACUUCUUCUUCGACGCCGUCGGCCCGCUCCAGGUCAAGAACCUGUCGCUCAAGUUCAAGGUGGUCAACAAAGGCACCAGUCUCAAACGGAACACUCUGCUGGGGGAGCGGGAGGUCCUGCUGAGCAAGCUGCUCUCCGGGGUCUAGACUCCAAAGAGCAACCAGAAAGCAAGGCCACGAAUGGACCUUUUUUUUUUUUUUUUUUUUUUUACAAGUUCUUUGCACUGCUCCACCACUUUGUGUCGUGUUGUUAGGACACAUUUCCACCGGGCCGUACGCUUAAUUCCAAGACGCUUUGGAACGGUCAAACCCUUUGUGAACCAGAAGUUCUCAGUGUUUUGGGGUCCAGAGACACCAUCAGAGGGAGAAAUGUUACCCAAAAAUGCAUCAAAAGAUAAACCGCAGAUUUAAAGAGAUACGAUCCACAGAAAUAAAAUCGGAGCUACAACAGGGCCAUGGGGGAAGAACACUGUACAGUGCUACCUUGACUUCGAAAUUUAACGUUUCCAUGACGAAGCUCAGUUUACUCACCGACUCAAAAAAAAAUCUUCCUUAUUGAGAUGAAUCAAAAUGCCAUUAAAUCGUUCCAGGUCCCCAAUUGCUAUUGUUUGUGAUUUUUGAGAAAGAUAUUUUCGUGGCGACUUAAAUUGAAAUCUUUCAUGGCUGAUGGCGUCUCCAAGCAAACUAGGCAGACAUGUUUGUUUAAAUUUGGUGAGCAUAUUAUCUGCUUUCCAUUAUACCUGAAAGACACUAUUGUCUGGAUCAAAUUUGGUCCUGGCUUCUUGGGCUGGAGUUGCUCUUAAGCCACGUCUGCCAUCUAGUGGUAUACACUGUCAUUACAACUUAAAACUGAUCAUCAAUCGUCAACAUUUUAAUUUUCUAAAAGACAAUCAAGGAGUAUCUCAAACAUGGGUAUGAGCCAGUUGCCCAUCCCUGCUUUUGCUGCCCACAAAUGGUGAAGCAACGCAGGCAUAUAUUCUUUAUCCUCGGUCAAAAAGCAACUCUUAUUAUUGCAUCAUAUUGACUCGCUGAGGAUAGUGGUGAGUCUUUGUUUGUGUCAGUAGGACUGUAUUGUACUGCUGCCCAGUGACCAAGUUGGGCAUACCAGAAAGAGCAGCGCGAUGUACUGAAAUGAACAAUCAAAUCAUGCUGUACAACCUGAUUAGUUCUAAAUGCUAUUGCAACAUGUUUUUAUAAAGACUUUCGGAGAGCUCUACUUUCCUUAUUAAAUAAAUUAAUUGUGUUGGUGGCCGGAGUGGAUUAAUGCCACUUUUAUUUAUUACAGUGGAGAAAGAUGAUUUGUGAUCUAAGCCUGGCCAGGCAACAAAUUCAAGUCGUAUCUCAAGGCAUCCUGUACAUCGCUGGCAGAGAUAAAUGAAGGAAAAUCAUUAUUCGUAUUCAAUAAAUUUGAAACCAGGUAUGUGAAAUUGGUGGAAUACUUGACUUCAGUGCUGCUCAGUUCAAGGAUUCUUCAUCAGUAGCAGGUUCCGAUGUCUCCAGGUUCUCAAACCUCCUGUAGCCAAUGUUACAUUUCCCCAAGCAAAUGAGCUUGCAACGUAUGGACUUUCCACCGGUCUCCCUUCCACCAUGCACGCGCGUCACCAGAUGUGUCGCAUGCUGUGAUUAUGAUUGUAAUGUGACGCCUUGGCCACAAGCCGCGCGCGCCCGUGCACAAAGGUGCUUUUGUGAACCCCUUCCCCACACCCCCGCCACUGCUUUGACGUCCUGAUGUGCAAAUGAUGCUUUGAUCCCAGGGGAGGGAAACAAACAAGCAAAAAAAAAAAAAAAAAAUUUGAACAACAAUGCAAGUGCACCGUGUUGCAUGGCAUGAAUGUGUGCUCAAAAUAUUGCAUGAAACCCCAAAGCCUUACAGACUGUACCGGACACUACAUUAAGUACACCUGUAGCAACGCCUAGCCAGGAGAAUUCUGGUAAGAAUGCUUUGGACUUUGACCAAUGAUUUGGGCCAACCAUUCACACUCCCUCUUUUGGAGAGGGAGAGAGAGAUUCACUUAUUCUGUAAGAAAAGCCUUCCAUUUUUUCCAACCUUCAUGGGAGAUUGUUGUCACUCAUAGCCAUUACUUGCCAGCAGUUUCUGCAUCUCCUUUGUUGUAGACCUCUUGACACCGUGUUUGACUAAUUUCCUGUCACCAACCUACCAUGGAUGUGAUGUGAUUGUGAUAUUAGUUCCAGGUGACUUUGGCAGAGAGGUAGGGUAAACCCUGGGUGGGUCGCCUGUCAAUCGCAGGGCACAUAUAGAGAAAUGACACUUAGAUUCACAUAGACCAACAGACAUAUAGAUUGAUUUUAUUUGUGAGACAUCCUUUUCGUUUUGUCACUCUUACCACAUAGCCCAAAUGUGAAGACUACAGGGGAGGUUGUUGUCACACACGGGACUCAACCAAUACUUGCCAGCAAUUCCUCCAGAUCCUCUGCUGUUGCUUCUAGCUCUGACAUACUUCGCAGCCUCCUUAACCAGAUCCGUUAAGCAGAAAGUAAAACUGUGAUCAAGCCUGACAGCAGCGUGCAACACAAAAGCAUGAAAAAGUGGAAUUCGAACCCUGAAGUUCAAAAAACGUGAGGCAAAUGUGCUCACCACUACUAGACCAUGCUGUCUCGAAGUCUAUCUAAAACGAGUUAAUUUUAGUCUGAUAAGGCACAAUUACGAAUUGCUACUGCAGGUGUACCUCAUGUUUUUGUCACCAAGUGUGUGUGUGUGUGUGUGUGUGUGAGAUGAGCAAGACGUUCAAAUAAUGUUUGCAUGUUUUUGAGAUUUAUUUUUAUUUUUUAAACAAUAAAGGUGUGUAUCAUUUUUCUCAACGUGUGUUAGUGAUGCACUGGCAUGGCGACGUCAUCUUGGCCUCACUCGCAUGCGGCGACAUCCCUAAGUGUUUUGGACUGAAGAAAAAUAAAUAAAGACAUCAAACUUCAAUAAAAUUUUUCUGCUCUGUAUACAUUAUAAACUGUUGAUGUAACUGUCUUGCGUACAAAUUGCCUCAAAGUCGGGCGUGUCAACCAGGCAGAAUGCUAGGCGGGUAGCCUGCAGUGGCGUUGGUGUCGUCUGCCGCGCGCUCUGAUGUGUAUGUUUGCCGCCAAUGUCGGGUUCACGCCACUUACGUGAUUUUUAAGUGAACUUUUGUUUGACAAGUGAUUGGUGUAACUGUUGUCAUGUAGCAAAAGUAGACGUGAGCAGUUUGAUGAAUAAAAAAAAUCAAUUGACCAACCUGAA